GGCACAACUUCAAUAAAAGAUUCCGAAGGGACUUGAAGGAGUUGGCGAGCCAGCCGGGGAAAGGUUGGCCAACGCCGAGCCGGGCGGAGAGGGCGGCAGUCGGGCCACCGUCAGGCAGACAUCUGAAAAUGCUCACCAUGCUGUAGCGAAAGGAGACAACGCUGGCUCACAGCCUGGAGAGCACCCCGAACCUUUUUUUAACAUCCCAGAAAUCCUUCCUCUUGUCUACCGUCUGUCCAAAAAUGCCAGUGCUAAAGUUGGCACUGCGUUACAUGUGGUGACAGGACACUAGUGGGACCGUCAGGUUGCCCAGCGGGUCGUUUGGGGUACGAGCACAUCAAGGAGGCAAUUUCGGGCGGGCGUGGUCACACCAUGCGACCCUGGGCGGGUUCAUGGCGUUGGAUCACCCUGGUGCUGUUGGCCUGGGGGACGCUACUAUUCUACAUCGGCGGCCAUUUGGUGAGGGACAGCGAGCACCCGGAGCGCUCCAGCCGAGAGCUCUCCAAGAUCCUGGCCAAGUUGGAGCGGCUCAAGCAGCAGAACGAAGACCUGCGGCGUAUGGCUGAAUCGCUCAGGAUACCAGAGGGUCAGGCCGACGUGGGCUCGCUGGCCGCGGGGAGGCUGCGCUCGCUGGAGGACCAGCUCACCCGAGCCAAGCAGAAGAUCCACACCUUUCAGAAACUGACAGGCGAUGGUAAGCCUUCCUCUGAUGAGUUGGCAGGCAGUCGAACCUCAAAAUAUGAAAGGGCUUACUUUUUAAAAAAAAAAAAAAAAAACGAGAGGCAGAAAUACGCCGAAACUCUCCUGACCGAUUUGGGGAACCAGCAAAGGUCCAUCAUGGCAGACCUGUACUACCUCAGCCAAGCAGAUGGAGUGGGUGAGUGGCGGAUGAAGGAGGCCAAAGACCUGUCGGAUCUGGUCCAGAACAGAAUCACCUACUUGCAGAACCCGCCGGACUGCGGUAAGGCCAGGAAGCUGGUGUGCAACAUUAAUAAGGGCUGCGGCUACGGCUGCCAGCUCCAUCACGUCGUCUACUGCUUCAUGAUCGCGUACGGCACCCAGCGGACGCUCAUUCUGGAGUCCCACAACUGGCGCUACGCCCCCAGUGGCUGGGAGAGUGUCUUCCUUCCUGUCAGUAACAGUUGCACCGACCGCUCGGGCGCCACCACCGGACACUGGUCAGGGGAGGCCCACGAUAAGGACGUCCAGGUUGUGGAGUUGCCCAUCGUGGACAGUCUUCACCCUCGCCCCCCCUACCUGCCUUUGGCCAUUCCCGAGGACCUGGCGCCGCGUCUGCACCGCCUGCACGGUGACCCCUCCGUCUGGUGGGUGUCCCAGUUUGUCAAGUAUCUGGUGCGGCCUCAGGCCUGGCUCGAGAAGGAGAUCCAGCAGACCACUGCGAAACUGGGCUUCAAACACCCCAUCAUUGGCGUCCAUGUGAGGAGGACGGACAAAGUGGGCACGGAGGCAGCCUUCCACCCCAUCGAGGAGUACAUGUUGCACGUGGAGGAGCAGUUCCAACAUCUGGGCCGCCAUGUCCACGUGGACAAGAAACGAGUCUACCUCGCCACGGACGACCCCUCCUUACUGCAGGAAGCCAAAACUAAGUAUCCUGACUAUGAGUUCAUCAGUGACAACUCCAUCUCGUGGUCUGCGGGCCUUCACAACCGCUACACUGAGAACUCUCUGAGAGGGGUCAUCCUGGACAUUCACUUCCUUUCCCAGACGGACUUCUUGGUGUGCACCUUCUCCUCCCAGGUGUGCCGCGUGGCCUACGAGAUCAUGCAGACCCUCCAUCCGGACGCGUCGUCUUUCUUCUACUCGCUGGACGACAUCUACUACUUCGGAGGCCAGAACGCCCACAACCAGAUCGCCGUGUACCCCCACCAGCCGCGCAACGGCGAGGACAUCCCGCUGGAGCCCGGCGACGUGAUCGGCGUGGCCGGCAACCACUGGGACGGAUACUCCAAGGGCAUCAACCGCAAACUGGGCCGCACCGGCCUCUACCCUUCCUACAAGGUCAAAGAGAAGAUCGAGACGGUCAAGUACCCCACGUACCCCGAGGCCGACAAACUGCUUGAGUCUCACAAGAAAUGAAAGGGUGGAGGGGGGGAAAAGAGUAUCAAAAUACAAAAAAAAAAAAAA